AUGGCGGCGGCAGCGGACAGAGGAGUCCGGGGGAGCGCUUUCCCACCGGACCCGGACCCAGCAGCCGGGUCCGGUGCUGCUGGAGAGGCCGACGGCCGCGUCCCGGUGCCGAUGAACCUGUUUGCGACCUGGGAGAUCGACCGCUCCUCUCCGAGCUGCGUCCCCAGGUUGUGCAGCCUGACUCUGAAGAGGCUGUUGGUUUUGAAGGAGCUGGACAGAGAGCUCAGCUCCGUCGUCAUCGCUGUUAAGAUCCAAGGCUCAAAGCGAACUUUAAGAUCCAACGAGUACCUUCUUCCUCCGGACGGCCUGAUGGAAACAGACCUGGAGCUCACCUUCUCUCUGCAGUAUCCUCACUUCCUGAAGCGGGAUGUGAACCGUCUGCAUGUGAUGCUCCAGAGGAGGAAGAGGUACAAGAACCGAACCAUCCUGGGCUACAAGACCCUCGCAGUGGGAGUCAUCAACAUGGCCGAGGUAGGACAGAACGUCAGACUGAAAUAUAUCCCAUCCCCCUCAGGAUGA